UGACUCCUGAUAUUUCUUUAGACUUUCCAUCAAUUUAAAAUGUCUUUGAGCUGCUUGUUAGCUGAUAUUCUUCUUAAUACUGCAUGAACAUAGUCAAGAUGAGAGUUCUAUUUGGAUUGCUCGUUUACUUCCUCUUUUGUGGGACCUUACAAGGGGUACAGGAUUAUGAAAUAACUUAUCCCGAACGUCUACACAGCACGCGUCAUCGAAGAGAUCUUUCAACCGCUGUCGAUGUUGGACAUGAGCAUUCUGUUCAAUUUGCAAUUAAAGCUUUUAAUAACAAAUGGAUUCUUGAUGCAAAUAUUAACGAACGAGUUACACCACAAACGGUGCUUCUGCGUCAGUUUGAUGCUGAUAAUUCUGAGAUCAUUACUCAGGAAUCACUAGAUAAUUGUUACUACCAAGGCUCUAUUAAAGGUAUUCCCCAAUCUAUUGUGGCAUUAACUACUUGUAAUGGCUUGAGUGGAGUGAUUGACGAUGGAGUUGAAACGUACCACAUAGAGCCCCAUGCAAACUACGAGGACACAGGAGCACACAAAAUAUAUCCAGCAAAAAGAAGAAAAGAAUAUGGCGUUCCCGAAGAACCAGAUUUCUACAACAAAGCAAUGUACGGAAAUGGUGAAUCCCUUGUCACAAAACCGAUUUCAAGGUUACGUCGCAAUGUGGCCAAUGUAGAAGACCAGUACAAACCAUACCUAACGACAAACGAGACUCGAUACAACGAGAUCUUUUUUCUUGUGGAUGACGGCAUUUACCAGAGGUUUGGGAAUAGUACUAAAACAGUGGUAGAAAGAGUUGUUACUCUGUGCAAUGUUUUGGAUGCGAUUUACCAAAGGAUAAACAUUCGCAUUGUCAUGUCUGCCAUUGAGAUAUGGACAAAUGGACCUCGUUUUCCUCGCAACGUAGGAGAUCUUAAGCUAUUUGGUGAAUACUUACACAAAGAAGUUAAAGGGAAAAUCACCUAUGAUAAUGCCCAUUUUAUGAGCCAUAUUGCUUGGCCUGGUGCAGCUGGUGUUGCUUAUGUUGGGACAAUGUGUGAGCCAGCAUCUUUAGCUGUGAACACUUGGAAGUAUGCGUGGGGUAGUCAUAUUGGACCAUACGUAGUGGUUGCUCACGAAAUGGGACACAAUUUUAAUUUCCCACAUGCUUACACCGAUGAAUGCAAGUGUCUUUCUCCGAAGGGAUGCGUAAUGCAAUUGUACCCAAGUCCUCGAGUUCUUGGAUUUACGGAGUGCAGCUUGAAUGGCUUGAAGAAAAUUAACGACCGUUGCCUUUAUAACGUGCCUACAAAGGCUAUCAAUUCCAAAUGUGGCAAUGGGAUUCGAGAAGGAAACGAAGAAUGCGACUGUGGAACACCCGAGAUGUGUAAAGCAAAGGACCCUUGCUGCAUGCCACAUGACUGUCGUCUAAAGCCUGGAGCACUUUGCAGUGAUCUACAUCACUCCUGUUGUAAAGACUGCUUAUUCAAGAGACAAGGAACACUUUGCAGACCAGUAAAGACAGAUUGUGAUGUACCAGAAUUUUGCCCUGGAGAUUCUAGAGAUUGUCCAGCUGACAUAUCCUUACAAGAUGGAACCCCAUGCAACAGAACAAAUAAGUUGCUUCCAGGCAACACCAACUGGUACAGUGUUGUAGCAAGUGAACUAUCUCCUCACAUAGAAGCACGUCAUGUUCGAAUCAAUCCUCAGUAUUGGCAUAAAUGGAUUUGCAUGCGUGCAGAACUAUAUGGCUGUUCUGCUGACGAAGCUAAUGCAGCCAUUCCUACACCUCUAAAACCCUACAACAACUACUGUAUCGUGCCUCAAGAUCAAAAAUGCAUCCCAGAAGAAAACACAAAAGUGAUCUUCAAAUACGGAUAUGAAUGUAAGGAAGAGUAUAUGAAAUUCAGACUAGAUACAAACGGAAUACUGUGGCAUCAUUGCAGUGGGAGAAGAGUUUGUCCUGAAAACGGGAACACGCAGAAUGGCGCGAGGUUGGUCAUUAGUAGUUCGUGUAAAGACGAAGAUUCCAAGUUUGUCCGAACACCAAAGAGGUCGCUCAAGCAUGUGGGAAGUGGAAAGUGCAUCCACCCAAUAGGAGCCUGGCCGGCUGAUGGUCGACAUCUUGGACUUUGGGCUGGGUGUGGACUACAGCGACUUGAGAUUUGGUUUAUUAAACCAGACUGCAUUUAUCCAUUGUGUAUGCAGAAUUUGAAAAUCACAAACGAGCAGAUCACAGCAUCGUCAUCGCGGCACUCGGAGCGUCCUUAUCAUGGUCGUUUGCACCUGGCUAGCUUCUGGUGUGCUGCACAGCAAAAGAAAUCAGAGUACUUACAGAUUAACUUUAACAAGACAAUGAGGAUAUCCAAAGUUGCCAUACAAGGACGAGGAAACUGGUACAACUGGGUUACGGGCUACUUUGUAUACUAUAGUCAAGAUGGACAGCGUUGGACUGGGUACAGUGAAAGUGGAGAUAGUGCACACUCGAACUCUUACUGCUUUACUGGUAAGUGCGCAGAGACGAGAAAUACCCAGUGCAGAGACCUUUGGGGACCUAAAAGUGAAAGUGCGAAUCAUGCCUGCUAUGAGAAGCUGAACACAGAAGCAAAGGGAUACGGAACGUGUGAUGCCACGACCAAUUCAUCCUGCUCAGCUGCUGAUGCUGUUUGUGGUCAAAUUCAAUGCUCGACAAAAAAUGCAAGGCCUGGGGUGGAUUAUGGUAAAAGUUACAAGCAAAUUACACUUAAUGAUGCAAGUGCUUCUCGAUGCAGCGCCGCGGUACUCAAAACGUCCGAUAUGGUUGGUCAAGGAAUGGUGAAGGAUGGAACAAAAUGUGGCGACCAAAAGAUGUGCAUGAAUUCUAAAUGCAAGUCGUUCCGAGAGCUAAACAUCACCAACUGUCCAUCAGCAAACGGCCUCGAGUGUAACGGGAGAGGGAGGUGUACAAGUCUUGGCACUUGUCAUUGUCACUCUGGAUAUGAUCCUGAAACCGCGUGUGAAAAAGUCUUUCAACCGAUUGAUGGAGGCUUCACCCCAUGGACUAACUGGUCUAUAUGUGACAAGGGCUGUGAUACGGGCAAACAGAGUCGCCAUCGAUUCUGCACCAAUCCUGCUCCAAAGCACGGCGGCAAGGAUUGCCAAGGCAUGAAGCAACAGGAGCAGCAGUGUAACGAGGUUCCUUGCCCAAAGGCCCAUUCAUGCCGUCAUCUUCAGACGCAAGCAAUCUCUAACAACUUAGAUCUUCCGGAUGCAAUUUACACGAUCUAUCCCCAUGGGCUUUCCAGUAAACCUAUCUUAGCCUAUUGUGACAUGUCACGUGACGGAGGUGGUUGGACGCUAUUGGUCACCAGCCGAACCAAUACCUGGACUGAUCAAAAUAUCAUACUCAGAAACGUAAUGUCACCUUCUCUAUCUCAAGACUACUCGAUACUCAAGUAUGCUGAUGAUAUCAAAAAUAACAUCAAUGUCGUUGGAACUACUUUUGAAUAUCGACUAGAAGCUCAAACACGAGGUCGUUGGGGUGGAAUAUGGCAGGCAGAUCGAUCUUACACAUUUACAGCGACUACAAAUGCUCAAACUAACGUCAAGCUCAUUAAAAAAUUUGAUGACUGGGAUUAUGCAGACAAUGGGAUAGAAAAACGAAUGCCUUGGAUCAAACGAAUACCUCGAAUUAAGUUUGGAAUGCUAACCACAUCCGGGGAUCCUUUCUUAAACUAUUGGGGUACCAUUGCAGCACCAUAUAAACGUUCCCAUCCCGCACCGUGGAUUGAUGGGCACUUGAAAGAAAGAAACCCAGGUGUCAUCUGGUACUGGAUGCGUGAAGGCCCUUGGCAGGUUCAACAAUAAUGCACGGAAGCGCAAAAAAUUCAAGUUCCUCCAUGUCAUGUAGAAGGCUUUUCUGGUCCCUGCUAGAGAAUAUGGAAUAACGUCAACAAGGAAGCAAAUAUACGUAAACAAUGACUUAUGUUUGGUUGCAAUAAACAGGUGUUGGGAAAAAUUA